UCACAGCUUAUUAAUAAUUUACAGACUUUACAGUCUGACAAAAUGGCCGCCACCGUGCAGCAGAGCUUCAGAACGAUUCCCCAGACAGAAGGACUGUCCCUUCAGGCUCCGUUCAGACCCCUCAGUGUACUGGUUUUCUGUCUUUUCCUGACUCCGUCCUGUAGAGGUCAGUCUGUGUUACUUGGUCCCCCUCAGGCAGUAGUGGCCCUAGUUGGCGAUAAUGUCAUUUUACCAUGUCACCUGGAACCUGCAGAGGACGUCACUGCCGAGACGUUGGAGUGGACGAGAUCUGACCUUGAUCCCGGAUUAGUCUAUGUGUGGCGUAAUGGUCAGGACCUUGUAAAGGCAAGAAAUCCAUUUUACAAAGGAAGAACAUCUUUGUUUAUUGAUGAACUGAAGCGAGGAAACAUUUCACUGAAACUCUCCAAUGUUCAACCCUCGGACCAGGGAACAUAUGCAUGUGGCAUGCCACUACUGCAUAAACAGUCUUCUAUUCAGCUUGUUGUUGGUGCUGUCUCCUCACCGGUCAUCAGGUUAGCGGGGACUGACCGAGAGAAAGGAGGAGUGGUGCUACAGUGUGAGUCUGGAGGCUGGUACCCAGAGCCUGAGGUGUCGUGGCUGGACGGUGAGGGAAACCUCCUCUCUGCUGGACCUACAGAGACCGUCAGAGGUCCUGAUGAUCUCUACACUGUCAGCAGCAGAGUGACUGUGGAGAAGAGACCCAGCAACAGAUUCACCUGUAGAGUCCAGCAGAAGGACACCAACCAGACCAGAGAGACACACAUUUAUGUUACAGAUGAUUUCUUUGAGGUCCAGUGCAGUUCUUCUGUUCCCAUCAUCACUAGUUUGGCCGUUAGUUUGGCUGUUUGCAUCCUGUUACUUCUCUUUUCUUUGUGGAAAUGGAGACAAAACAAAAUCAGUAAGUCACAAAUUAACUGCAGUGUUUUGUACAUGUCAAUGAUUCUGAUGUUCAGGGGAAAAAGUGAUCUUGUUUAGUGUUAUUGGACUGAAAUGUCAGUGUUUUAAAUGUAAUGUAGUU